AUGCAGAUUUAUUCUCUUCUUUUCUUCAGUAGGUUAGCCCUGGCUACCACAGAGAUCAAGAGAUCCACGCCCGCAGAUCUCGUGCUUCAUCGAGAUGCUACUCGAGCCCAGCUCAUCGAGCACAAGUACAUUGUCAUCCUCAAGUCAUCGGCGGACCCUUUGGAAAUCUCUACCAAUUAUGACGCCACCAGUGUAUACAAUACAACUCUCAAUGGAUUCGCUGCUUUCCUCAACGAUGAUGAAUUAGAGGCACUGCGAUGGGAGCCAAAUGAAAAUGCCGGUUGGGGUCUUUCGAGGAUUUCAAAUAGCACAGUAGGAAGUACUUCGUACAGCUACGACGAAUCGGCCGGAGAAGGAACCUGCAUCUACAUUCUUGACACGGGAAUAUCUGUGAACAAUCCAGAAUUCGAGGGCCGAGCAACCUUUGUCAAAGAAUUACCAGGCGAUGGCGUUUCCGAUGACACUGUUGGCCAUGGCACCAGCGUUGCAGCCUGUGGUGCAUCGAAGACGUACGGGACAUCCAAGAAGGCCAAACUACUUGCUGUCAAGGUGGUUGGUGGUAACGGAGAGAUUGGGGACAGCUCAACCGUUCUUGCAGGAAUGGAUUAUAUUGGCCAAGAAUACAUCUCGAGACAAGAAGAGUGUCCCGCUGGGAUUCUGGUCAACAUGUCUGUCGGCACUCAACCUCCAAUGCAGUCUAUGAACGACGCAGCACGUGCCCUCGUUGAGGCGGGAUUAAUUGUCGGUGUAGCCGCGGGAAACUUCAAUGAAGAUUCUUCCAACCGAUCUCCAGGAGCCGAACCUCUCGUUUGCACCGUUGGGGCCACUGAUAGUUCUAAUAACCGCGCCGACUUUUCCAAUUUUGGUGAGUUGAUGGAUAUCUACGCGCCAGGGAAGUAUGUCGACACUAUCGACAGAAUUGGUGCUCCUAUAUCAUCCAGCGGGACCUCACUCGCUUCUCCAUAUGUUGUCGGACUGGCCGCCAACCUCAUGGCACUGGGGGGUUAUCCAGGACCUAUCUCUAUGUGUCAGCGCUUGCAGGCACUCGGUGUUGAAGACAUUCUUGGAAAUAUGCCAAAUGGUACCGUCAACAUUCUAGCCAACAACAUGGCUGCGACCAACUAA